UCCACUGCCUCAAGAGACUAAAGAUGUGAAGGAAGUCGAUGAUUUUCUCUCUCCAAAAUCUAUGCAAACAGAGAAUACUUUAGCUUUCCCUGUAUCUGGUGCAAAACCAACUACCACUGAUGACAAAUCCGCUCCACCAAUUAGAGACCGACACAUGGCGCAGUUCCACAAAGGCAUCAUCAAAGACGAUGUUUCCACGCUUCUCAACCGAGUAGCAACCAGUGACGACACCAAAGGCAGCACCUUUUACGACAGAGCUGUAAGUGUGAUAACUCUCGCUGGAGAAAACAGAGGAGCUUCGAUGCAUGUGGGGCCCGAUUCUUCCAACAGAGACGGGCCCGUUCACAUACACAGAAGCUACAACAAGAUCAACCCUGAUGAAAACAACGAUGCAGAGGAAUCUUCUAGAGAGAAGAAAAAGUCAGAAGAUGCUAAACAAGAUAAACCAAGCGAGGCAUACAUAAACAACAAUGCACAGGGAAUAAACAACUCCAUUGUUUUCAAUGGUUCCGUUACCGAACGAAAUCCAGGAGUUCACAUGGCUGUCACUCAUGUCGCAAAGGAGCCGGUCCGGUCGACAAAUGACGGCAUUGCCCCUGAGGCAAGAAGGGCUGAAUUCAACACGACUCGCGCGGAGAAACUUACUUAUGAGCCAACAAUAAGGAGAAGGUGCCUGAGAGGUCUUUUCUUGGAGACGAGCGAUUCCGAUAAUGAUAAUAAUCUUGAAAAACCUCGACGCCAUGGUUGUCGUGUUGGCUGCCAGGAAAUAAGAGGAUAAAGAGAAGGAUAAUAUAGAUGUUGUCUGAAAAUGAGAAUCUCAUGUUUUAUUACUCUGUAUAGGUGUGUCCAUAUAUGGAUGUAAAUAAGGACCUCUAUGAUUCUAAAAGAAUUUAUAUAAAUAAAGCACUGUCAA